AUGAGCCGGGGGGAGCGGGAGGCCACCGAGCUGUGCCCUGAAUGCAAAGACCCCGGCACAAAGGGCCGCGGCCACGCGUGGGGCUCCGGCGCGGCGGUGCCAGCGGCAGGUGCCGCACGGCGACGGCCCAGCUGUGCAGCACCCCGGGGUGCGGGGCUGGGGGUCAGGGUGGGAUGCAGGGAGGCUGGAAGUCGUUCCCGUGGCAACGGCCGGUCCCACUUUCCACCAAUCGAUGCGGCGGCGCGGGCGCGCGGGCCGGGAGGGCGCGUGGCCUACAUAAGCCCCGGGCGCGCAGCGUGUGCUGCACCCGGCAGAUGCGCCUGCGACGCCAUGGCCAGGCUGACGGGCACCCGGCCCGUGGCCACCCGCCGCUGGGGCUGUGCCGCCGCCUUCCUCCUCCUCCUCUUCACCGUGCAAGCCGCCCAAAAAGCCGACUUUAGCGGGGACUCCACGGCGGCCACCAUCAACCACUCGCUGACGCUGCUGCAGCGGCUGCAGGAGCUGCUGCAGAACGGCAACGGCAGCGACUCGGUGCUGCGGGUCCGCUCGGCCGCCUCCGACGAGCCCAAGGUGUUCCACACGCACCAGCUGCUGCUGAGCCUCCAGAGCGAGGUCUUCGAGAGCCUCCUGCGCAACCAGAGCGUUGUGACCCUGUACGAGCCCCCCGAGACUGCUGCGCUCUUCGAGAAGUUCAUCAGGUACCUGUACUGCGGGGGGGUCUCCAUCCUGCUGCACCAGGCCAUCCCCAUGCACCAGCUGGCCAGCAAGUACCGUGUCUGGGGGCUGCAGCGCGGCGUGGCCGAGUACAUGAGGACCCACCUGGCCAGCGAGUCGAGCCAGGGCCACGUGGUGGGCUGGUACCACUACGCCGUGCGCGUCGGGGACGCGGCGCUGCAGGAGAGCUGCCUGCAGUUCCUGGCCUGGAACCUGUCGGCGGUGCUGGGCAGUGCCGAGUGGGGCUCGGUGAGCGUGGAGCUGCUGCUGCUGCUGCUGGAGCGCUCCGACCUGGUGCUGCACAGCGAGCUGGAGCUCUACACCGCCGUGGAGGGCUGGCUGAGCCGCCGGCAGCCCGAGGCACCCGUGGCCGAGCGGGUGCUGCGCGCCAUCCGCUACCCCAUGAUCGCGCCCAGCCAGCUGUUCCGGCUGCAGGCGCAGUCGGCGGUGCUGGCGCGGCACCGCGGCGCGGUGCAGGACCUGCUCUUCCAGGCUUUCCAGUUCCACGCCGCCUCCCCGCUCCACUUCGCCAAGUACUUCGACGUCAACUGCAGCAUGUUCCUGCCCCGCAACUACCUCGCGCCCAGCUGGGGCUCCCAGUGGGUCAUCACCAACCCGGCGCGGGACGACCGCAGCACCAGCUUCCAGACCCAGCUGGGGCCCAGCAGCCACGACGCCGGCAAGAGGGUGACGUGGAACGUGCUGUUCUCGCCGCGCUGGCUGCCCGUCAGCCUGCGCCCCGUGUACUCGGACUCGGUGGCGGGCGCCAUCCAGCCCGUGCGCAUCGAGGACGGGCGCCCGCGCCUCGUCAUCACCCCGGCCAUGAGCAGCCCCGACUUCGCCGGCGUCAGCUUCCAGAAGACCGUGCUGGUGGGCGUGCGGCAGCAGGGCCGCGUGCUGGUCAAGCACGCCUACAGCUUCCACCAGAGCUCGGACGAGGCGGCCGAUUUCCUGGCGCACGCCGACCUGCAGAAACGCACCUCCGAGUACCUCAUCGACAACUCCCUGCACCUCCACAUCAUCAUCAAGCCUGUCUACCACUCCCUCAUCAAGGUGAAGAAGUAACGGGGCACAGCUGAGUCCUGCCAUGCUGGCCCCAGCGCCACGGGGGGAACGCCUGGUCCCGUAGGUAGAUGGGGGUCCCCUCGCUGGGGGGCCCCAGGACUGUGCUCUGCACUGCCAACCCCUCCCUGAGUGUUCCCCUGCCACGGCCCGUCCCCAUCGCUGUCCCUGGGGAUGGGGGAUGCUGGGAGCACCCCAGACCCAUGUAGGGGCUGUGGGAGGUGAAAAGUGCAGCCCACGGGCACAUCACAGACCCCAAGGGGUGCGGGGAUGGGGACAGGGACAGCCCAUCCUUCCCGUGGGGCAGGCCCGGGGUCCCUCUGUGUGGGCAGCUGGGUCCAGCUCAGGAGCAAAUGGAGCUGCCCAGUCUGGGGGUGAGGGGCCCAUCAGCCUCCCCCAGUGGAGCAGGGGUGUGGGUCACUGUCCUCACUGGUGGUGACAGCUGCCCCAUCCCUGUCCAGGUACCCCCACCCCUUUCCUAAUAAAGCAGAAAAUGAGUGUGGGACGUGUGGGGCAUCUUUGGGGUGAUGCUGCUCCCCAGCUCAGCUCCCUCUAAUGGAACUCCUGGGAAGGAAAACUCCCAUCCAGGCUCGGAUACAUUUCCCUGUGGGGAUCUGGGUCCCUGCUUGGGACGGGUUUGGCAUGGGGAGAGCUGGCCCUGGCAGGGCUGGCGCAGGGUGCUGCACAGGCACUCAGGAGAAUCACAGACAGGAGCCCAGUGCCUGGGGAAGGGGCACAGCAGCCCCCCAGGGCUGGGUUGGGGUGGGUGAUGGCCCCUGAACCCUGUCCUGGCAUCGCUCACCCACGGGUGGAUUCAGCCCCUGAGCAGAGCCUGGGGAAGGGUCCUGCUGGGGGCUCCCCCUCAGCCCACAGAGAGCCAUCACCUUUGUGAUGUCCCCAUCGCUGUGACAGUGCUGCUGGCAGCUCGUUAAUGAUUAAUUAAGAGGGGUGAGGAGUCGAGGUGGCUGCCGGUUCUAUCAGCAGGGCUUUGUUUACCCAGCGCUGAUAACCCAGCCCGGGGGUUGCUCCUGUGGGGACAUGGGGCUCUCCAGCUGUGAACGGCCCCGAGGGGACUGGGGCCCCCCUGCUGCCACCAGCCACCCUGCUGUGCCCUGCUCCGUGGCCUGGGGACAC